UUCGCAUUAGCAAUAAAAAGUCAGUUUGUAAAAAUUGCUGACUGUACAGAGAAAAUGGGAUUCACAAUUUUAACUUUCCUUGUAGAAUGAUUCACAAAGACAGUAUUUUGAUUCACCAAUUUUGAAUUACUACCCGCUAAUGCAAACUCUGACUAUUUGUGUUAUUUUCCAAAGUAUUGACAUGAUAACCUUAAGCAUUUUCAAGGUGUUUUUUUUAAAAAUCUACUUAAAAUGCUCUAAAUAUAUCUACUCUGUGUAUGUUUAGAUUGCUUAAAUGCAAGCAUCAAAAUAUCUUAUGAAAUAUAUACCACUUAGAAUUCGAAGUAUGUCAAUUGCAACUGCACUCACCACUGUUCAAGCAAAUAUAAAAGCUGCCCACCAACAAUAUCUUCAGAAUGCAAUUACAAAGAGUGACAGAAGACCUGGCCCAUGUCUGGUAGCUGUUAGUAAAACUAAACCACAUGAAAUGAUUAAAGUGGCUUAUCAACAUGGUCAGAGAGAUUUUGGUGAAAAUUACGUUCAAGAAUUGGUACAAAAAGCAACAUAUUUUAAGGACGCUGGAUAUGAAGAUAUCCGAUGGCAUUUUAUUGGUCACUUGCAAAGGAACAAAGUAAAUAAUUUAUUAGGAGCACCAAACCUGGAAGUUGUGCAAACAGUCGAUAGUAUAAAACUUGCUGAUGCUUUAAAUAAAAGUUGGCAGAAGAAGAACAGUAAUAAAAUGUUAAAAGUAUUUGCACAAGUAAAUACUAGUGGUGAAGAAAACAAAUCAGGAUGUACUCCAACAGAAUGUACAGACCUUGUAAAACAUAUACAAAGUAAUUGUGACUGUUUAAGCUUGCAAGGCUUAAUGACUAUUGGUUCAUUUCGAGAAAUUACUGGUCCAAAUCCAGACUUCAUAUGCUUAGUUCACUGUCGCAAGAAGGUUUGUGAAGAUUUAAAACUGGAUGAAAAUGAUGUCCAAUUGAGCAUGGGAAUGUCGCAUGACUAUGAAAAAGCUAUUCUUGCUGGUAGUACAACUGUUCGUAUUGGAAGUACCAUAUUUGGAUCGAGAGAGAAGAAGAAAGACAGUAAAGACACAAUGCAAGCAGUUGCGGAUGUGUCAUCAAAAUAGAUUACACAGUAAUGUAUUUGGUAACAUCAAUUUUUAUAGUUGUGUUAUUUUUAUAAACAUUUUAAAAAAAACUAAAAUAUUGAAAUAUUUAUUUAAUUUAAGCCUAGAAAUGUUUGUCUUCGGUUUUUAAAUGUUUUACGUAAGUGAGUUUUUCUUUAAGAGAUAUUUCCUAGCUAUCAGUUUAUACCAGUGAGAAAUGUAAAUUAUAUAACUGCCUGAUGUUGCUAAAAAUUAAAAAUUUCACCGUAAAAUUAAAUAACUUGUAGGUACAAUAUCUCACUUUAAAUGCUUACAAAACAAAACACAACACCCUAGAGGGUUUUUGCUUUAGUACUAACCGGUAUGAUUUUAUGCUUUAUGCUUAGGUAAAGUCAGCAACUGUGAUUUUUCCUAUGUUACAUUUUGUAUCCUAUAUAUGUUGAAUGUACACUCGCUUGCUUAUCAAUUUUGGUUACAACCUUACUUCUUCAAAAAAUCUGUUAAAUAGAAUGUAUAAACAGGAUUAUUAAGUAUAAAUAAGGCAUUCUUUUUAGAUUUAUUUUUUUGUUGUGUCAAAAAAAUGUAUCCUUUUUUUAUCACAUAUUUCUAAUUUCGAUCAAUUUAGGAUGUUCAUCUUCACUACUAUACUUUCCAAACAUAAAGAGCUACUACUAGAGGAAGAAUAAUUUAACUUUCUCCUUUUCUGCAUGCAUUUUUGUUAUUUACUUUUAUGUUUACAUUUUCUUUUCUGUAAGGUUUUUUUGCUUGGUUGCAAACUCUGUUGAUCUUGUUCCUGUUCUGUCCUCAAUCAGUGUAGGGAAUGUAACAGUGGAUCAUUUUCAUCAUCCCUUUGUUUAUUUUCCCUAUCUGACAUAAUUGAUACUUUAUAUAACUGCUUGUUCCCAUUCGCUCAACACUGAAAUUAGAAAGAGAAGGAAAUACUGUAAUUCAGUAUGGAACAAACAGUCAGAUUGAUUUUACAUUUCCUAAUAUUAUGUACUAAAAUAUUCCAUGCCCAUAAUAAUUUUACCAGUGUUAACGUUAACUGUCUGGUGCUAUUGUAAUCAUUACUGCUUUGUCCAUACUUUAAUUUGAAAAAAUCAAAUAUCAUUGUAAUUUUGCAUGUAUUCUUGCACAUUCCUAUAAAUGUGUUGUUGUUUUCAUAUUAGUGUUUUGACAAGCAUCUGUGACAGCCUUUGCCCAAGCAGUGCUUAUACACUGCUGCAAAACCCAAAUCUGAGGCAUACACUCUACCAUUCAGGGAGAAAUUUCAACCACCACCUAAUGUCUGCUUAAUCUUCAGCAUAUAAAUAAAUGUGGUGGUUCAAGCAGGAGACUAAAGUGGAAAAAUGACUAACCUAUGCAAAAAUAUUCAACCUGGUUUAACAACUUUUAAUGCAAAGGAUGAUGACCUAAAUAAAGAGAAAAGCUCGUGCUUGGUGCACGUUUUCUUAUUGUGCCAGCUUAGCAGAUCAUCCCGUAACCCUGUAUAUUUUCCUGUGGUUAACCGAAUAAUUUGUUGAGAUGAAUCAAUCUCAAUUUCCAGAUAUGCGAGUGACUGUGCAGGCCCCACCGUUUUGUCUUCGACCAAAGACACUCCUAAUUCAGAGCAAAGGGACUGGAUCGCAUCCAGACGUGUCUCAACCUCAUCUCUUGACUUCCCACAGACUAAAAAAUCAUCAAGACAGUGAAGAACAAAGGGAAUCCCUAAGACCACGAUAAAAAUCCAGCAUAGGUUCGCAACUGUGUUAAAAAUGAAGGGGUGAACGGCUCUCAAAUGAAGAGGGUGGUUAAACGCAUGUCGUCUGGCCAGCAAAUUAGGCAAGCCACUCUCCACCAAGUUUAAGUCAUGACAUACAAGCCUGAGUGAUUGCAUUGCCGCCGCAAACACUAAGUCAUGACAAACAAGCCUUAGUGUGUGCUGCGGCAAUGCAAUCACACAUCCAGCGACCUUGACAUAGCGUUUUCGAUAGGUGCUACUGCUUAAAAAACUUGAAGCCAAACGCCAUCCACCCAUCAAAAUAAAAUCAAGAAAGGUAACAACAAACUAAUUCCGUACAUGCUUGUGUGUUUAACAACUUUGUAUAUUGUAAUUAAUAACAACAGUCUUUUCCUUUUCACAGAUAAAUCGAAAUACCCAGUAUUUGUUUACCCACACAGGCCAUGAUCGACAAGCUAGAAAACGGCACCAGAACUUCCAUCCCACUGUGUAUCAACCUGCACAACCUAAAAUUAAGACCUCUUAACCAAAAGUAGACUAUCAAAUCAAUGGUUUUGUCUUUAUGUUUUCUCUACAAAGGAAGGUUUAUAACAUUUAAACUUAACCGAAUUUAGUGAAUAAGAAUAUAUUACAAUCAUUUACGAAAUAAGAUGCAUUAUAUACCUUUCCCCCCACUUUCAUCCUUUUUUGUGAUAAUGCUUUUAUCAAACGCAUCACUUCUCCAACUUCUCCAUUUACUCCCUGAAGAUAAUAAGAUGUUCACGUACAGUUCUUUAAUUACCUUGUACUAAUUUUUGCGCGAAAAUUAGUACAGAAUUUUAAGUCUCAAACAGUAGUGCAUGACAAUUAAUACAUGCAAAAAUAUCUAUAAUUGUAUUCAUAAUUUGAUUCUUUUUCCCCAAGUAAAAUGGUUAAAGAAACACAAAAUAAUUAAAAUACAUAACUAUGACAGAUAAUAUUUACAAGCACGGCAUGGUUUUUGCUCUAAUAGAAUAGACUUCAUUCAAAAUGACGAUUCUGUCGUCUUCUUUUUCUCCGGUAGUUCUUGUACGCUUGUUUGUACUAUUUUGGAACAUUGGUCUUUUAUCAUGACAUUUAAAACCAUUUUUUACUUUGUUUUUUUCCAUCUUAGGAUCUUUCUCAUGACUUAUCGCAGCUGGUGUUAGGUUAUUCAUCUUUGUUGUUGACGCACUAUGUGUUGCCGUGUCGCUUUUUCUGUGUUACCUUCAACAGCUUAAUAUAACUAUAUUGUCUUUAUUAUUUAUUGAUAGGCUUAUAUAUAUCUUAAAAUUUAGGUGAUGUAAAUACUGCAUUAUAUUCUACAUUAACCUACUUGUGAACAUUCAAUAGGGCGAAACUAUUAGUCAUUGCUCAUUGUACUACUAUUGUAAUUUUUCAAGCUGAAAAAGAACACUCGCAUUCACAAGAUUGGUCAAGUUUCAUAAUAUUUCUGCCAAAGGUCCAUUUUUGUUUCGUCAUAAAUCGUCAUAAUAAAAUGCAAAAAGCUGAUAAAACUUUUCCUUGUGAGAAAUCUUUUGGGGAUGGUUAAUUAAAAAAUCAUGUAUGGUGGAAUCACAGUUGACUCUCCCUACUUCGAAUUCCCAUGGAGAAAACUUUUUGUUCGAAUUAUAGAGAUAUUCAAAUUAUAGAGAGUCUCUGUAAUUCGAUGGAAUUACUGCAAAACCAGCAUAAGCUCCUAAGGAACUUGGUUCAAACCAUUCACUAAGUUUAGUGCUUAGGUGAUCUUGAAUGGGAAUUGUUAAGCUGUGCAAGUAGUAACUAGAUACAGUAUCAGCUGAUACAUUACUUCUAUGUACCUGCCGAGAACAAACUCUAGGUCUACUUCUUGCACACUGACUGUAGAAUUUACUGAAACUGCCUCUGUGUACCAACGUUGUGAUAAUCAUUUGCAGAAGCCCCUUUAGUUAAGGACAUAUUUUUAAGACUUUGUAUAAGUUGCAAGCUCGCUAAAAGGUCAAUAGUCUUUGUAACUGGCAACAAUAAGUCCAUUACUGACCGUGUUACAACUAGUGAAACAAUAAAAAUUAGUAACAAGAUGCAGAAGGGAAGUAGCUUUUGUAGUAGUAUCACGGUUACAUUCCUUAUCAAGAUUUAUACUUGAGUCCUCCCAAGUGUACACAAUUGCAACAAAUAAUUCCUGAAAAACAUCUAAGCCAAUUAUCUGUUCAACUUAUAUAGUCCGCCAAACAUCAAUUGACUUUUUCUUUAUAGCUUCAGGACAAUGUCGUAAAAUAUUUACCUCUAGGGGCUGUUACCUAACUUGAGACAGGUUAAAAAAAUAGGAUAAUUCCUUUACUCUUUCUAGGGUAUUUUUAGCCUUCCUAUUUAUUCUUAAAAUGUGAGCUGACAGUCCAUUUUUAUGUCCAGAAACAGACCCUGCCCCAUCAUACCCUUGCCCACGACAUACCCUUGCCCACGACAUACCCUUGCCCACGACAAUAUCCAAAGAUAAUCUUUGGAAAGACAUUUUAACUGAGGCAAAAUCUUUUCCUGCUAACCUUUCCUCACAAUAAGUAUAUCUUAAAAAUUUCUUCCAAACCAGAGACAUGCUGCCUCAUCUGGAAAGAAAAACUCAUUUUUUUCUCUUCUUAACAAUGUUAGAUAUUACUGAACCACAACAUCAUAUCAAAGCAUUUUAAAAAGUUUUGAGAUAUAAGUAGCAUUCUUACUGACAGUUUGUAAAUGUUCUUUUAAUGCAUCGUCUCCUUAACAAGUUUUAAGGAGUUUUUAGAGGAUGUAUCAGCCUUGCAAACAUGAUUUAAAUUCAUCUCGUCUAAUGUGUUUACAAUAACUACAUAAAGGUUAUUAAAUCCUCCAUGCCUUCAAAAUUUUAACCUACCUUGUUGCGCAAACAUAUAUUACGUUCUAGAAUCAACCACCUAGUUUCAGAGUAGUUAAAAAAAAUUUAGAUAUCUCUAAUUUGGCUUUAUAAUUUAUGCCACAGGAUUUACAGAUUGCUAGAUUUAAUCGAUGGUUAUAGCAAUGUGUGUGCAAGGCUUUUUUAUGCACAGGAGUCUUGCUGCUAAACUAUUUGUUAAACCUGCCACUGAUCCUUCACCAUCAUAACUUUGACUUCUACAAUCCAUGAUAUCCAGCCUAAGAUCUUCCGUAAAAAACUUUGGGUCUAUUUUACAUAAACCAUCACAUGACAAAUCUCUUUUACAAUGAACUAGUGGAAAAAAAUUCUACUCCAACCAGUAUUUGUCAACAGACCUUACACAAAAAGAAAUCAAUUGUCCAUACAUUCAUCACCUAGAAUUUAGAAAAUAUAUGUAUUAUUUUUUGCACUGCUUUCCAGUUUCUUUAAAAAUCGGAGUUUGUACUUUUUCCCCCUUUCAGUCAUUUAUUGUCUUAGCAGCUAUUUAAGUGUUGUUAAAUUCAAAUACCAGAAAGAGAAACGAAUUAAAACAGGUAAACUAUCCAGUUAUCAAAGAGUUUUGAAUUUAGUGUCUCUUCGGCAAAACACCUCUCUUAUCAUAGCGAAUUAAUCCAUUCUUGGUACAAUACUUUGUAUUGUAAUUUAUAACAACAGUCUUUUUCGUUUCACUAAUGAUUCCAAAUACUCAGUUUUGAAUUUAGUGUCUCUUCGGCAAAACACCUCUCUUAUCAUAGCGAAUUAAUCCAUUCUUGGUACAAUACUUUGUAUUGUAAUUUAUAACAACAGUCUUUUUCGUUUCACUAAUGAUUCCAAAUACUCAGUUUUUGUUUUCCCACACAAAACCAUGAUCGACGGGUUAGGAAACGAAACUGGCCUUCCGCCCUAUAGCCCAUCAACCAGCAAAAUCUAAAAUUAAGACCUUGCACCAAAACAAUAUUUUUUAUUGUACUCCACAUAAGAAAUUUGUUUUUUAAGUAGGCUAUUUAAAACGAUGGUUUCGUCUUUAUUUUUCUUUACAAACAAAGAUUUAUAAUAUUUUAACUUCAGAAUAUAAUACAAUCAUUUACAAAAUAAUAUGCAUUAUAUACCUUUACCUCCUAAUUUUAUCCGUUUUUGGGACGGCGCUUCAUUGAAAGCAUCACUUGUCCAACAUCUCUAUUUACUCCCUAAAGACAAUAAGACAUGCAAACACAGUUCAUACUCUUUAAUUAACAGAAAUAUAGAAAAAAAAUUUAAUUCAAUAACACAAAUAUUGUCACAUCAUUCACUUCAUCAACCACAUCUCCUCCAACAUCUCCACUUGCUCCCUGAAGACAAAAAGACAUGCAUGCAAAGCUCAUACUUUAACAGAAAGCCAGAGAACACAAAUUGUGAUAAUUCAAUUUAAAUAAAAGGCUUGCAAUGUUAGUGUAAAAUUGUAUAUACUCGUUGCACAUUGUUCAUACUGGCACAAUAUCCUAUAAAUAGAAAAUAUGUUUUAAAUUACGUUAGUUUAUUUUUUAAUAUCAGGGUUGUACACUUGUCCAAUAGCGAGGGUGAAUUGAUUCUUGGGGAAAUUUUCAUCAAACUGAUAUUAACCCUAAGUAUCAAAGUAAUAUUAACCCCAGUAAACAUUUAUAAAGACUAGAAUCCUAAAUUUGUCUUUGUGAAUCCAUACCUUUAAACAUGUUUCCACAACAGAAAUUAUUGCACAGCCACACUUUGAUAGGUCUCCUGUCUCUCCAAAGUAUUCUCUUGCAAAACCAGGUGUAGUAAAUGAAUCAAAUAACUAGGAUCCUUUGUCUCUUUUUUUGCAUCUAAAACAAUGUCAUUAUAUCCAUGCUAAUGCUGCAAACCUAGAAACUAAAAAAAGUGGUAAUUAAAAAGAAGAACUGAAAAUAUAUUCCCCAAUGAACUGACCCAGGUAUGAACAAUACUUGGGGAAAAGUGCAAAGUAAUGUAUUUUAUAGUGUAAAGGGUAAUUUAAAUGCACAUGUCAUCAUACAGAUCAUAAAAAAUGUCUGUACUUGUGCAUGACAAACAUGAACUAAAAAAUAUUGUAUUGAUUUUAAAGUAAACAGAUAAAUAGAACAUUAUCCAGAACCUGAUACUUAUCUAGAAACUAUCGAUCGUGAAAUGGGUGAAGAUGGUGAGUUCCCUAUUGCAUUUAGCACAGUAGCUUUUAUGACAAUGAUUACAAGUGACGCAAGAUCUGUUUUAUAGACAAUUAUAGAACAAACUAUCCAGAACUUGAAACAUGUCAUAUCUUUCAUGAAUCUCAAAUACUUUUAAUUAGUUUUAAUGGUAUAUUUAGUUUUUAUAAUUAAUUCUAAAAUAUGGUUCCAUAGCGUAAUUUGGGGGCAGGUUGGGGACUUAUUAAGAAAACAUACUUAAAAAAAAAUAAAACACAAUGAUUAUACGGAAAAAAAUACAGGGUUAAACACUGAUUAAAAACUUUUAACUAAUAGAAAAA